AUGAUUUUUCUGCUUUUAAUUCUGAAUAUUCACAAUAAUUUUGCCUCAAGAGUUCUAUCCACAAAAGGUAAAAAUUCAAAUUUAUAAACGAGAUCUGAAACUUUGUUUCAUAAUGAGUUUUCCUAUAAUAAGGAACUUAAAUCAUUGGAUUAAAUUUUCAAUGGAAUCAGCACUUCGAUAAUAUUAUAAAGAGGUCUUGCUUUGAAGAUUAAUACAUUAGAUCAAGAUAAUUCUACCUAGGAAGAGGAUUACCCAGAUGAAGAUGAAUAUGACUAUGAAUACGACUAAUUCUAUAGAGAUCAUUAUAUGAAUAAAGAUGAGCCAGAGGAUCUCUAUGUUAUGAGAGUAGUUGUUAUCUCAACAAGCAUGACUGUUUUAUUCUUUUUCUUGAUUUCAUUUUUCUUCUAAUGGAUUGACUAAUGUAUAACCUAUCAGUUUAGAGGGAAUUAUAGAAUCUUGAAAUGUAAAUUUACCUGUAAAAGGAUACGUUGUAAAAGAAGAAUACCUAAAUUUCAAAAGAAUAACUCUGAAUACAUCAAUGCUUUUGAAAGAGGAGUUAUCAGUGCACCUAUUAGAGAAAUAAUGGCCUAAGUGUCUUAGUUUAAUAACAACCUUUAUUAGCUUACACCUGUGGUUCCUUAUAACAAUGAUAUUGUUCCUGGCAUUGUAACUCCUAUUAAUCCUUAUCAAAUUGUUCAGGACCCCUUUGUAAAUUUUAGAUCUACCUCUUUUCAGCCCUAAAAUUACUAGCAUGUUUAUUAGGGACCAAUUUUAAUGGGCUAAAAUGGAUAAUUACCAAACUAAAUUUAAGAUUAAAAUCACUAGACUGUUAUCAUAAAUGAAAUCCCAACAUAAAAUCAAUAAAUAUCCCCACAAACCCAAAACUAACCUUAGCCACUGCCUGAAUUAAAUAUUAUGCCUGCUUAUUAAUUCGAUUAAGUUAACACUCUGAAUGGAAGAGAAGAGUUAGAGGAAAUAAGCUUGAUUGAACAAAAAAAUAACUGGGAAUAUAAUUAGUUAUAAUGA